ACGCAAAAGGCAGAAUCUGGGACGAAUGAAACACCAUCUUACAGCACUCGCAUGCUCGUUGUUGGCAGGUUGCCAUUGUCGCCGUGGUCGCGAUUCAAUAAUGCGACAAGGACUACCUAGCAGUGAAUGUUGAGGGACUUCUCGCGAUCGCAAGCAACUCCGAACCAUCGAAGGGAUACCUAUAAUAAUCAUAAUACCUAUUGUACACCACUGUGCGAGCGGACAUGACCGCCGGAACGCAACAUCUCCCUUCCAUUAUCUUGACCGAUCCGCACAACGAAAAGGGAGUUCCGAGUCCAGCGCAGAGUCCUGCGAAGGAGAUUGGAGGAUUCGCGGAGGGAUUGAGCGCGAGGGUGGUUGGUGGCGGGAGGCCGACUACGCCGGGGAAACAUGGACGACCAGAGUCGGGCUCGAGCUGGCCUUCGCCUGGCCGGCUGAUCAGGACGCUGUCAAACAAUGCGUCAGCUGGUGCAACCAACGGCCAGGCUCGGGAGGAUGCGAAUGGGAACAACAGACCGCAGCACGAGCAGCAGCAGCAGCAGCAGCCACAAUCACCCGGCAUUGAUCCUUUAUCACAGCACAUCCUCCGCCGGACCAGCGCGAUUUUGACCACGCUGAACAGCAACAACUCCAGCACGCCUCGACCUAGGACGGCUGAUGGGAGAAGCCAGCGCGACGAUGACAAGUCCCAGUCUGGCGGCGACGAGCAGAGAGCCACUUCUCCCGGACCGCACUUCGACACCGCAUCCCGAAUCGACGCGAAUGACGCGACCGCCCACGAUCGAGACCGAGAGUCGCGCAAAGAGAUCAAGAAAGGCGUUAAGGCUGUGGCGUUCUUAAGCAGGCUGAUGGGUGGCACCAAAAAGAAGGAUGCGCUCGAAGACGACACGCCCGAAGACGAGGACACUGCGAGCGAUGAUCGACCAGAAGGGAACGACGCGGAGGUCUUUACGCAAAAGAUGGAUAAUAUGGGCUUCAGUCCGAGACAUCCACAGCCGCCAGCGUAUAUCAAAGUCAGGGCAAAGUACAAACAAGAAAAGGACUUUGACCGAUUAUUCCUCGCGCAGGAGUUGUCUUGUAAUCAAAAGUCCAACAUUUCGAGACAGAGCUCGAGCAAUAAAUUAAGGAGGAAGCAUAAUCCCACCAUUCCUGAUGCCAGCCAGACGAUCUGGGCGAUGGAGUUCAGCCGGGAUGGAAAGUACCUUGCAGCAGCUGGAGCGGACAAGAUUGUGAGGAUUUGGGCGGUCUUGGCCAGUCCCGAGGACAGGCAGAAGCAUGAACGGCAAGAAGCGUUGGAGAGCGAGGGUGAUGCCGCUCACGCUGAGCAUUUGAGCGCUCCCGUCUUCCAAAGCAAGCCCAUUCAAGAGUACGAGGGUCAUUCUUCGACGGUGCUGGACUUGAGCUGGAGUAAGAACAAUUUUCUGCUCUCUUCGUCCAUGGAUAAGACUGUGCGACUAUGGCAUGUGAGCAGGAGCGGAUGUCUUUGCACGUUCAAGCACAAUGACUUUGUGCCAUCGAUCGCUUUUCAUCCCAAGGACGACCGCUUCUUCCUCGCAGGAUCGCUGGACUGUAAGCUGCGACUGUGGAGCAUACCGGACAAGAAUGUGGCAUUUGCAGCACAAGUGCCGGAUAUGAUCACCGCUGUCGCGUUCACGCCUGAUGGCAAAUCGGCCAUGGCAGGCUGUCUUAGUGGCCUCUGCAUGUUCUUCGAGACGGAAGGUUUGAGGUAUCAGACUCAAAUCCACGUGCGAUCAACUCGAGGUCAAAAUGCCAAGGGUAGCAAGAUCACGGGGAUCACGGCAUUCAAUACUCCCGCUGCGGGCGAUACCAAGGUGCUGAUCACAAGUAACGAUUCUCGUAUCCGACUCUACAACUGGCGUGAUAAGAGUCUGGAGCUCAAGUUCAGGGGCAAUCAGAACAAUUGCAGCCAGAUUCGAGCGAGUCUCAGCGAUGAUGGCAGAUAUAUCGCCUGCGGGAGCGAAGACAAGAAAGCGUACAUCUGGUCUUUGGAGCAGCCGUAUGGCGAGAAGCGUGACAAGACGCCACUGGAGAUAUUUGAUGCACAUAACUCCAUUGCCACGGCUGUAUGCGUUGCGCCCACCAAGACACGACAGAAUCUGAGCAGAUCAGAAGAUCCAGUCUACGACAUCUGCAACCCUCCCCCCAUCACAUUACUGAGCCAUGCAGAACGGUCUGGAGCGGACAGUGUACAUUCUUCAUCGCAGCCGCAAAGCGUUACUGGCAGUGUCGUUCAUACGCCGCCGGACUUCGAGAGACCCAAAGAGUCGCCGCAGUACCUUGCAAAGACUGGGCACAAAGGGGGAAAUAUCCUUGUUACCGCAGACUUCUCUGGCAGGAUCAAGGUCUUCCGACAAGACUGCGCAUGGUCCAAGCGACAAAGAGACGACGAUCGUGCCUCGCUGUUCUCCAAGAGGGGUACGAAACCGGGAGUCGCUCGAUCACUCGCUUCGAAGCCCAGCCUGACCAGCUUACGCGAACCACGACGAUCGACCUCGACAUUGGCUGGCAGUGAUCGAAUCCUCUCCUGGCAGCAAGGUCUGUCAAGCACAUCAAACGUGGCAGCGGCGGCACGCAGUGCAUCCAAGUCGUAUCCACCGGUGCGAAGCUCCACCAAAGCAUCGAACCGCAGCCGAAGCAAUUCACCCAAAAAGUCGACGGAAAGCAGAAGAGGUCGGACGAUGCCUGGGGCGAGCGACAAAGCCACCAGCGUCAACUCUGCCCAACCGCCUCUGCCUAGCUCACAUCCUCUCGCCGCUGGUGUCAUGGUCCGAUCUCCUUCACCUAUCAAUCGUGCGCCCAUGAAUGGCAGCACGGACCACCGUAAUGGAAACGAUCCACCCCACAACAGCUCCGCUCCAACUUCACCUCGCUACAACAGCUCCACGAAGGACGACAAUAACGCAUUAAAUCUCGAUCCCGCUGGCAGAUCGUACAUGUUCUGGGACAAACAGCUCUGGCAAGACCACGCCAAUCGCAUCAACGACCUCCACAAAUCUCAAGACCAACUCGCCGCGACCGGAGCAUAUCGCUCUGGAAGCAGAGAUGACGGCGACGGCGACGGUGCGGGUACGAUGCUGCUGCGCCCUCCGUUGAAACAACAGAAUUCGCAUGGGACAGUGGUGAGUCAACUCAGCGAUGAAUUGACGGAUGAGAGCGGCAGCGAGACGUACGAGGAUGCGCGAGAGGAGGACGAGGAGGAGCGGUGUCCCAAGUGUGGUGGAACGAGCUUUAGUGCGAAAAAGAAGGGUAAGGAGGGAAUGAGGCUGGUGUGUACGACGUGUGGGCAUGACGUGUGAUUGUGAAGACGGUUGUGAGUGAGUAGGUAACCAGGUUUGGUUAGGUUAGGUUACUAUUGGUGUGGUGUGGCGUUGGGCGGCAUGCGUGUGUGUGUUUUCAAUGAUACCAUAUGAGAUGUGAGAUGUAAACUUUUUGGAAUGAUUGAACUGCCUACUUA